UGAUGCAGGAAAUGGGGACUUGCUAGCUUGAAUGUACCAAAUAAUAACACGAAUGUGAGACGUCUAGUACAUAUCUCAAAGCAACGUGUACAUGGGUUUCGGUGCCUUUCUUGCCGCGUGCUCUUCUCUCUUCAUCUUCUUAGUAAUAUAAAUACAAACCCACCUCAAAUUUUGUUUUUUUGUAUAUUUUUUUGGGGCCUUGAUCGUGGCUCUUCUCCUAGAGCCCGAUCAUAGAGCUAUAGCUACAGCUCAAUGAAUUUGCUGCACAGAAUGAAGAGAGCUUUGGUUGCUAUAUCUACACGAAUCAAUUCUCGUAAAUCUGGUGGUGGUGUAGGCAGAGGUGGCAGCACUAGUGCAAGUGAUUAUGGUCUGUUGAAACUACGAGAUGAUGUACAGAUGUGUGGAUACAAAGAUGUGCAAGUUAUGUGGAAAAUAUUAAGUGGAUCACAGAUAGAUCAGCAGAUGGCUAAUGCUGCAGCAGCAGCUAAAAGUGAAACCACAGUGGCUCAACCUCUCAAACGCAACAAGAAACGUCGACCCUUUUGGAAAUUGUACUUUUGGAAUAACCAUAGGGGCACAUCCUCUUUGUUUAGUUAAAUUAUACUAGUAAUUUGGAAGGAGAGACCUUAGUUUAGAUACAUUUUGUGGCAUGAUUAUCUACCAAUGGGUAUAUAUAUUGUAUGUUGCUACAUUUCUUACUGUAAAUAUCAAAUAUGUAUGUAUAUAUA